AUGCAUUGGUCCACUAUUCUUCUUGGUCUCUCCUUUUCACUCUCCGUUCAAGGCGAUGUGACUAAGGACCGCGAUGAGCGGCUGAAAACGGCUGUUGUUCUGGAUACUCCCACUACAGGUGCCAGCACCACACCGGAUGGUCGAGCCUUUCUCAAGCUUGCUCGAGUCGAUGGUACAACCGGCUCACAAAUUGUCGAGGUUGUCGGUGACGACCAGAGUUUGGUCUCGUAUCCAAAUGACGACUGGAACUCGUGGAAUGCUAGCACCGAUAGUGCUGCCGAUUCAGAGGAAAAGUACGUGUCAGCCAACGCGCAGCGUGUUGGACCUGAUGGAAAUCUCUGGGUGGUAGACAGCGGAGAUCUGCAUGGGUUUUCCAACUCCUCCAAGCUCAUCUCUUUCAACCUCACAACCAACGAGGUUCAACGAAUCUAUUACCUCGGCGAUGUCACCACUCGGAAUGGCUCUAUCAACGACGUGCGCUUCAACGGAAAAUACGCCUACUUGACAGAAUACACCAUCGGCUCCAUCAUCGUGCUAGAUCUAGAGACUGGCGAUGCGCGCAUGGUGCUCCGGGAGCACAAAUCGACCGUUGCUUCGAUGCCCCUGUCUGCGGAAGGACACUUGUUGCGUGCUCAAUCCACGGGCGAGUUUGAAUAUAUCCACGCCGACCAGGAGGAAGUGUCACCAGAUGGCAAGUACUUCUACUACCAGCCUGGCAAUGGUUAUAUGUCACGCAUCGAAACCAAGUAUCUCAAUGACGCUCUGAAGAAUGAUACUACGGCAGACCUGCUUCCCAACUAUGUGGAGCCGUUCUCGUUGACGCCAAGUACUGGAGGGAGUGCCAUCGACGCCGAGGGCAACAUCUACUACAGCGACGGUGACCGUCAGGAGAUCCGUAUCCUCGCACCAAAUGGAACAACCACCCUGUUGGUUCGAGAUGAGAGAUUGCUUUGGGUUGAUGCAAUCUGGCUUGACACAAAUCAGCGUUUGUGGCUCUGUGCCUCACAGCUCAACCGCAGCAACCGAUUUUUGCAACCCAACAACCAAAGCAACACGAUAGAGAAGCCUAUUUAUGUCUACAACAUUGAUGUUGGCCAUAGCCCACCACGCCUGGAUCACGCUUGA